AUCUACACUGAAGACAAAGGAAACACAGCUGAUUGGAAAAUAAGAAACUUCAAGCAUGUGCCUGAACAGUUCUGAAAAGAAGAAGUAGCAGGAGUUUCGUAGAAAUGGAGUUUUUACGUCAGUAUUUCUGGACAGCAUUACUGCUGGCCAUCAUUCUGGUCUCUCUGGUGAUAGUAAUGAUUUUCAUAAUCAUCAAUGUUUGCAUCAGUAAAAGAGCUGCUUGGUACAGUACACAAGCAAAACCAAAUCAUUACGGUGACACAAAUUUAAAAAAACAGAACAACCAAGUUCAUCAUAAAGAGCGUGAGAUAGAGAAACCACCUUUACCUCCCAGAGAUCAGUUCAAAUCCAUGGAAUCUGUGGAUCAGGGUUAUGAGGAUUUGGAGCCUGGGUCAGACUAUGUGGAGGUUGAGGAUGAGUCGAACCUUCCUGCCCCGCAGCAACCCACCUUCACUCCACACUACACCACCGUCGAGACUAAAAGUCAAGACCAAGACGCUGUUUCUGAGGAUUAUGACGACGUUGAAAUCCCUGUUAACUAUGACAGCGAGGACUAUGAUGACGUAGGGUAAAAGACACAAAAUCAAUGACUUUCCCUUCAGCUGGACACAGGAGCGGACCCUGAAAUCAACUGCAAGUUUCCUUCAAGCUACUAUUGUACAUUAUUUGAGCAAAAACAAGUUCUAAUAGCAUAUAAACUACAGGUGUGUUUACUUUCACUUCCCAUUGUUAGAAAUGUAAUACAGCUUUCAAAAACGUCAUUUGAUUUGUCAUUUUCUGUUGAGGCACUCUACUGUAUGAGACAUUUGCACGGAAGUGGGCCUAUUCAAUAGUUCAAAAGUUAAAUUUUUCAAAUAUUCAAAAGUUCAAUAGGCCUAUGGAUUAUAUAGUAAGCCUUUUAAUGAUCUGCACUGACACAUUUCAUGUCUGAUACUACGGUGUACUUAUUUUAUUAUUCCAGUGAAUCAAAAUGAUUUUUGUUAAAGGAAAAACAACACACAAACAGGCAGUACUCUUAAACUG